AUGGAGAAAGAUAAACCCCCACAGUUGGUGACCCCUGCGUCAGUGAAAGCCAUCAUCUCAAGGAUCGAGGCUGCCCAGCUAACUCGAGCUCAGGAGAAUAUUUCUUCCCAGCUCUCAGAAAUCUUGGACAAUGUCAACUGUGUCAUCAACCGCUUCCAGGAAGAAUUAGGAUAUGAUUUUAAAAAAAAGGCGAAACCUCCCCAGCCAGAGCAAAAGGGCAAGAACAGAUUCAUCUUGCUGGAGAAAAUUUCCUCCUUCUCCAAAGAUGCUAAGACUAAAGAGAAGCACUUGUAUGAAAUUCUUCACUGGCUAGGUGACUGGGGUGACAGCCUGACCUAUGAGGUCAAGAACAGGAAGAGUGAGGAGGAGCAGGAAGCCCUGGAUGAAUGGAUCGAGGUGAUGGAAAAGGUGUUACCUCUCUCCCUCAUAGCCACCAAAGGAGGCAUCGAGUCUCUCAUUUCCCUUUGCUCUACCCUCAUUGAAGGACAAAGGAAAGGGGCACAAAUGUCCAAACAUACCUUCUGGCAGGACUGGCAGGAACAGAGCCCCCAAAAAGCGAUAUCCUGCCCUCAGCCCCUGAGCCCAGAGCAGAUGCUGCAGGACAAGCACACUACCUGCGUAAAGGUUUCCGAGGUGAAGUCCAUGUUACAGGAGCUCCUGGACUCCACCAUGUUCAACCAGGGGGAGGUUAGGGCCAUCAGGUACAUGUCUGCUGUCGUGGAGAACCUCAAUAAUGCCUUGAUCCUCCAGCACAAGGAGAACAGGAGUCUGGAGGCCAAAUACAGGCACCUGAAAAUAGAGAUGACCAAAGAACUCAGCAACCAGAAGCUAUACUUCCAGAAGUCCUUCCAGGUCCUCGAGAGUAAGAGAGAUGCCCUACUAAAGCAGAUAGAAAUUUUAGGGGGAAAGUACCAUGACCUGCUCCUGAUAAAGCAUGCCCUAGAGUUCCAGCUGAAGAAGACUCAGUCUGCUGGAGGUCAAGCAGAAGACUUAGUCAGGGUCUUGGUUGAGUUCCCAGACCCUGCCAAGAAAGAAGCCCUCCCAAAGAAAGACACAGUCAUGGAGGAAACCCAACAGGAACCCAAGAAGGAGGAGCAGUUUCCACCACAUUCCCCAAGCCCCAUGGCCAUGACCUGGGACAGUGGUGCUAUGCCUUCACCAGAUCAGCCUCUUUCCACCAUGACCAUGGAUUCAAGGAUUGCAGAUGUGUACAGGAGCAAGGACGCUGAAAGUCUUCAGCCUGCGUUGCCAUCCUCCAUGGAUCACAUGUUUCCUAAGAAAUGGGAAAGACUGUCAGCAGAAAGCCCAGGUGACAGAGCCAAAGACCAGAAGGACUUCUUCCAGGAAGUGGCCUGGGAGAAAGACGGACUCCAGAUGAAGUCCCGUUUGCAGAAGCAGCUGUCCCUGGAGAGGUCGGGGAAGUUGGCCUUGGAGAGCAAGGCAGAGGCCAGGGAAGAGGAGCUCAGCUGGGAGAGGCGGAGGCAGCAGUGGCAGCAGGAGGAGGAGAUGUGGCUGCAGCGGCAGGAAAGGUGGGCCCUGUUAGAGCAGGAGCACGAGGAGAAGCUGCGGCAGUGGGAGGUAGAGGAGGUGGCAAGGCGGCAGCAGCUGAGACUGGACCAGGAGCCGAAGGGCCCGUGGAAAGAGCUGGAGAAGCCGAGAGAGGACGCAGAGAAGAUGAUCUUCGUGCCCAUCAGUCGCUGGAGGGACUUGGAGGACGCGUCUUUGGCACCUCCCCCAAGCCGGGCCCAAUCUGCUCGCCAAGGCAGGAGGCCAUGUGUGCCCAGGUCCCCUAAGACCCAGCAGCCCACCCCCAGAAACCAGAGGUCCAUGAGUUCAGCCGAGUUUACCCAGAAACCACAGGCCCACUGGCUUCCCAUGAAGCCCAAGAAAUCGGCCUCCUUUCCUGUCACAGGUACAUCCCCGCGAAGGGUGACCCAGCCCCCUUUGCAUACAGCCCCAGGAACUCUGAAGGAGAAAGUAUACCAUAUAGACGUGAAGGCCCAGAGGAGGAAUCUGCAGCUCCUGACUGAGGAGGAUACGCUGGGGUUGCCCCACUAUCUGCGCAGUAAGGCGCUGGAGCUCACCACCACCACCAUGGAGCUGAAUGGGCUCAAGCUAUGGUGCCUCUGCCACAAGUACAUCUGCUACAGACACUUCCAGAGCCUCCGCCAAGACGUGAUCAACCAUAUACAAGUCGUGCGAGAAGCUGGGGCUUCCUACAAGGCCCAGAACCUCUUCCUCUUCCUGGAAAAUGUGGACCACCUGCAGAAACUCCAGCUGCAGGUGUGGACAGACAAGCAGAAGGACCUGGAGGAGAAGCACCGAGAGUGCCUGAGCAGCAUGGCGACUAUGUUCCCCAAGCUCCAGAAGGAGUGGAACAUUAACCUGCACACCCCUGUGGUCAUCUCCCCGAAGUCAAGGAAAAGCAAGCCUCCUCCAUUCCUACUGCGGCACAUCCACUCCAGUAGCCCCUUCUGCAAGCGAUCCCAGGAGCUCUUUAAGACCAAGCACCAGCCACGGGUGCCCCAGCAGAUGGCCCGCCAACAGGGGAACCAGAUGGAGGCUAUGUGGAAGAUUGAUGUGGCUGCCUCCAGUUACCCCAUAGAAAAGAAGACCCCCACCAGCCUGUCCUGGGACCAGCUAGGAGGUUUCCCAGACAUUCCCCGCCUGUUGGCAUUGGAUGUGCAGUCCUCCUUCCACAAAAGCUUGAUGUCCCUCAAGGCCCGUGCCUCAGUGACCCAAAGAAAGGAAGAACAGGAACCCCCAGAGGAGUCAGCUGAGCUUGUUCAUAAAAAGUCAAACGAGUCCUUCCCUGGAACCCUAAGAAGCCAGAAGGAUCGAGACAAUCCCAGCCCCAUUCCAUGCCUUAGCCAGUGA